GCCAGGCCCCGCCCCUCCGAACCACCUCGGUGCACAGAGCUCCGCCCAGCUCCAUCAUGGCCAUGAUCCGUCCCCAGUUGAUCCCGUCCCUGAACAGCUCGUCCCGUAUCACCGUGAGGCCCCGCCGUCGCUCCGCUCGGCCGCCGUGAUGCUGCAACAGCAUUGUCACGUGGGCUGCCAUGUUGCCACGGUAACGACGCUCCAGCUCAUCAGUGGCGCACCGCAGGACGACCUGCAGCCGGGGCGGGGCCGAGCAGGGACCUGUGAGGAGACGGGUGAUGACGUCAUGACAGUGGGAGCUAGAUCAACACGUCACAACACGUCACAAAACCCCUCUGACGUCACAGCUGCUGUUCAUCAGCAACACCUGUCAUCAGUAGUAAAACCCUCAGACAGGUACACAAAGAUCGGCUAUGCUGGAAACACGGAGCCUCAGUUCAUCAUGCCGUCCUGUAUCGCCAUCAGGGAGUCGGCCAGCGUCGGAGAACAGGCCCAGAGGAGGCUCGUAAGAGGAGUCGACGACCUGGACUUCUACAUCGGAGACGAAGCUGUGGACAAACCCAACUAUGCAACUAAGUGGCCGAUCCGUCACGGGAUGGUGGAGGACUGGGACCUGAUGGAAAAGUUCAUGGAGCAGAUUAUCUUCAAGUACCUCCGAGCGGAGCCUGAAGACCACAGCUUCCUCAUGACAGAGCCUCCUCUCAACACUCCAGAGAACAGAGAGUACCUGGCAGAGAUCAUGUUCGAGACCUUCAACAUACCUGGACUCUACAUCGCAGUACAGGCCGUGUUGGCGUUGGCGGCGUCCUGGACGUCUCGGCAGGUUGGACAGAGAACUCUGACCGGCAUCGUCAUCGACAGCGGAGACGGAGUCACACACGCCAUCCCUGUGGCUGAGGGCUACGUGAUUGGCAGCUGUAUAAAGCACAUCCCCAUCGCAGGGCGGGACAUCACCUUCUUCAUCCAGCAGCUGCUCCGGGACCGAGAGGUGGGGAUUCCUCCAGAGCAGUCGCUGGAGACCGCCAAGGCUGUCAAGGAGCGGUAUUGUUACAUCUGUCCGGAUAUUGUGAAAGAGUUCACAAAGUACGACUCUGACCCAGCCAAGUGGAUCAAACAGUACCGCGGCAUCAACACCGUCAGUAAGACCGCCUUCCACAUCGACGUGGGCUACGAGCGUUUCCUGGGCCCCGAGAUCUUCUUCCACCCCGAGUUCGCUAACCCGGACUUCAUGCAGCCCAUCUCUGAUGUCGUCGAUGAGGUCAUACAGAGCUGUCCAAUCGAUGUGAGGCGGCCGCUGUACAAGAACAUCGUGCUCUCUGGAGGAUCCACCAUGUUCAGAGACUUCGGGCGGCGGCUGCAGAGAGACCUGAAGAGAGUCGUGGACGCUCGACUGAGAGUGAGCGAAGAACUGAGUGGAGGACGGAUAAAGCCGAAGCCGAUGGAGGUCCAGGUUGUCACACAUCACAUGCAGCGUUAUGCCGUCUGGUUUGGAGGCUCCAUGUUGGCGUCCACGCCUGAGUUCCUCCAGGUGUGUCACUCUAAGAAGGACUACGAUGAGAUCGGGCCCAGCAUCUGUCGACACAACCCCGUGUUCGGUAUCAUGUCCUGAUGGCAGCAGCAGCUACCGACGCUGCUACAUUGUUAGCUUGUUGGCAUUUCAGCCUGCUGCCCACUAGAUAGCCAGCAAGCUAGCCCGUUAGCCUGGGCGCUGUAUAGCCUGCUGGCCUGUUUACCUGCUACCUGCUUGCCACCAGCCACUUAUCCAGCAGCCUGAUAAUUUCUUGCCCCUUUUGUUUUUUUGCCUGCCAGGCUACAGACUGUUAGCAGACUAGCUCAGUCUCAUCAUCAUCAGCACAUGGAGGUCUGGAGAAACUUAAGUCAGUUUAUAAAAAAGAAUUUGGUUUUACUCAAAAACCUUCCAGAGAAACUUGAUUUGAAGGCUUCCUGAAGGUUUUCCAGUCCUCCAGAUGACGUCGAGCUGGCUGACAGUCUGCUAGCUGCUAGCCUGUUAGCUAUCCUCAGAAUCGUAGCGCCGCUGAGUGUUUGUGUUGAAGUAGAAGCUGUUGGCCCGACUGAAGAUGAAGCGGGUGAUUUCUCUCUGAGCCACAUUACAGACACGUUCACAGCACAGACACAGUCUUCAUCGUGUCAAACUGAACGGACGGCUGAUGGACACAACAGACAGAUGAGCGUCUGGUUUGUUGGACGGACGAUGGAGAACGAAGGCUGCAUGUUAACUGAUGAAAGCUGUGGACAGAGCAGACGGUGAUCAUGUUGGUCCUCUCUGUUUGAUUCCUCAAUGUCAGUCAUCUUCUGUCAGUGUUAGCAUGUUAACAUGUUAGCUGUGGUCAUGAUUGGAUGAGUCCUUUCUAAAGAUCAUGUCUCCAGCUGUCAUGGUUUAAAGGUCCAGUGUGUAGGUGUGAAGUUUGUCCACUCUGGGAUUCUGUAAUAACAUGGUGGAAGCAGCGCUGCUCGUUCUGUUUAACACAAAUCGUUUAUAAUAUUCAGCUGAUGAUACACUCGUUAUUACACCAUCAUCAUCAUUCUGCUAACGGAGCCUCAGGCAUCUGACACACUGGACCUUUAAUCUCUGCAGCCAGUCAGUGAGAAAUAAUAAUACUGUGUCAUGUCAAGCUGAGUCAGUGAAAGAGGCGUGGCUUCUGUGUCUGUUUCAUACGGCUUCAUUCAAACAUGAACUGAGUUCUGUCUGACAUGCUGACAGAGUUCUGUGUUCUGGUGUUGACGUGAUGGGUUCUGUCACGCUCUGAUCUGAUUUUGUUCAUUUGUUAAUUCUGCGACUCACCUCGAGGUGACAAAACCUCGUUUCAUACGACCGAUCUGGAUUAAUAAUCAUGUCUGAGGCGUGAGACAGGCGUGAGACAGGUGUGAGACAGGUGUGAGACAGGUGUGUGUUACUGAGCAGCAGCAACACAAACAACCAUUUUCAAGAAGAAAACUACAACAUUAUAAACCUUUUUUAUUUGUGAACAGCAGAGUUUUGAUCGGCUGUUUGUGUUGAUCUGAUUGUGUGUUUCUUCACAUGCAGCUCAGAGUGUGUGUGUGUGUGUGUGUGUGUGCGCACAGAGUGUUUAUAUUUGUAAAGAGUUUAAGUGAACACAGAGGAGAACUAACAGAUAUAUUAAAGUCAAGUACAGACAUAUAUAUAUGAUAUAUAUUUGUGUACAUCCUGAGCAGGUGUGAACCACAGGAGCAGUCAGCUGCAGUACGAUGCGUUCAGGUACAAUUAGAGAUAUGAAGGUUGGAGGUGUUGGAAGUUAUUUACCUUUGUUUAUGAGAGCAGGUUCAUGUUGUGACAUGAGACGUGAAGUCACAUGUCUGAAGUGUAAUUACAUCGACAGUGUUUGAAAUGUCCCUCAUCAUCUGCUGUAUUGUUUGUUUUUGUCUUUUUAAUGUUUUAAGAUAUUUCACACGUGUGAAAACGAUGAACACACUUCAGCUGCAGAGGAUUAUUGUUAUUAUUUGGGUUUUAUUUUUCAGUUUCACAGUCGUAUUUAACAAAUACUUAAUGUUGUAAAAAUAUUUGAUUUACAUUUCAAGGAAUGUCCAAAUACUGUGUGAGCCGUGGUCACCAUGGUUACAGCUGAUCAGCUGAUGGUCAGUGUGGAUCCAGUCUGAUGAUGUCACUGUUGAUAUUGAUUUAUAAGGACAGCUCUGACUCUCCCGAUCACCUCCGCCAGCUGAUCAUCAACAUCAAUCAGCUGUAUUGAUGAUCCAGCUGACUGUGUCCUCAGGUGUCUCUGACUGUAGGAAAGACGGGACAGGUGUCCUCACAGCUGCAGUGACAUCACGUUUGUGGCUGAAUGUUGAUUGGUCCUGAGCUGCUGUCAAUAAACACUCACCUGCGACUCCC